CCAGGUAAGCGACGAGCGAACACUAGUGGGGCUGACUUGCGCGCCUCCGAGCCGUCGGAAUACACGGCAGCAGCGGCACCGUUGUUGUAUUAUACUGUCGCGCUACGCGUGCUACGGUCGUGUCGUCGCACCGUCGUCGUCGUCGUCGUCGUCGUCGUUGCGGUCGUCGUUGCCGCCGUCAUCGCCGUUGCCGUUGACGUUGUCGACGUACCGCUGCCGCCGCCGUGGAGCGCCCUGGCUGCACCUUCGUCGUUGGCUACGCGGCCAGCCGUGCUUUGUGUUCGCGGUCUCGCCGGCUUCCCUCUUGCUCCCUCGUGCGGAGGAGGGUGCGAUCGCCUAGGAGGGUUGAUCGCUCGCCGCCGCGCUAACAGGGGUGCGUUCUCGCGCGCGUUUGCCGGAGCAUCGUGGAGCGGCGGUGUUCACCACGUUUCACCGCUACCCCCGCCAAGUGCUGUUUGCAGUGCCGCCGACUCCUCGUGACGAUAGAACGUUGGCACGCUUCCAAGCUGACGAAGCAGAGAUGUACUAGCCGCCACGGUGCUACCACGUUGCUACCACUGUCGUCGCCUGCUGUUGCAAUCUUGAGGAUUGCACGUCGCUGUUGUUCAUUCGGGGUGGGUGGUGGAAUCACGUCGGCGCGUGGAUGAGAGAUUUCGCGCGAACUCAGUGAGCCAUGUGUAGUCAGUCGAUAGAAAAUCACUUUGGAAUAUAGAAGUCGUGUUUCGUGAAACGUGUCGCAUGUACGAUCACGUGUAGCUGUUACGAUCACGCUACUCGAGUGGUAUCUAUGCAACACGGGGAACAGUGUCACGUAUGCAAAAGUGCAAAGUGGCGAUAACCGCCUGACUUCGGAGCAAAUUGUUUUGGAGUUUUCUCGUUACCUCCUAUCUUUAAUAAUAAUAUCCUGUCUCUCACGCAUCUCGAACGAAGUGGACGUAGUGUGAACGACAUUGUGUGAACGAUCAGGUGCUGUCGAAGGGAUAGCAGUGUGUUUCGCGCCACGGGAAGGGUGGCAAAGUAAUAAAGGAACAGCGGCGUCGUUAGAUGAGAAGAUUUUAAAAGCAGCUUCCGGAGGCCAGCCCGACGCAAUGCGUCGACGCUGCUGACGCAAACGCGCCUGGAUGCGUCUCACUUUUAGCACGUGAGUGUCUUUUUAAUAAAAGAAACGCGAAAGGAAGAAGCGCGUAAGCGCGAUCGUUCGUUUAUCAUCUCGCACCGUCCCGCCGGAUUACCGCGGGGAGGCUUCUGCCUCGCGUAUCUCGAUCGAGUCGUGCGCGAAUCGAUCGAGUUAAGAUGAUUCCGAGGGGAUUGGGUGGAAGGACGAUCUCAGCAUCCCCGCCACGUUAUACUGACACUUGAGCGUUCUCCUUCUACCCGCACCUCGCGAUUCGCGCGAAUCGUGUGCCGCCCGCUUGCGACAGAUAUAUUCGUAAAAGCGGAGAAAGAAAAGAAAAAUUUCUUUUCCUUGUGGUGGCCUGCGUGUUGGUGCUGCGUGCGGUGGCGGUGUUAUUAUUGUUAUUGUUGUUGGUGGUAAGUGGUCGCGAGUGCGCACGCGACGACGACGGUGGUGAAUGAUCCUGGCUCCGAGCUGACAAAGGUACUCGUACACGAAUACUGGGAUGACGUCCGCUUUGGAUCACGCGGUUCCUUCACGAUCUCGUCAAUUCACGUCGUCUAACGCGGAAACAAAUGUUACCACAGCUUGCCGUUUUAGCGAAGAUUUUGUGCCUCCUGAUGGUGGUGAUGUGCGGGGCGGUGCCGGCGAUGGUGCGCUCCGUGAGUCUCUACUCGACUUGCAGCAGCGGCAAUGUUACCGUAAUAGGCCGCAACGUCAAAGCCGUGGGACGCGACGAUCACAAUGCACCCUACCAGAAGCUCACCACACAAUCGGAAGAUUUCAGUAGGAGGCUGUACAUCUUUGCGGAGAAGAGUCAACGGUAUAUUUGCUUCAAUAAGCGGUGGAAACUCGUCGCCCUGCCGAAAAAACAAAAGGGACCGAUGUGCCAGUUUUACGAGGUAUACAACGGCUCCUAUCUGAGGUACAGGAGCGCCGUCGACGGGACGCGGUAUAUCGGCUUCAACAAGAUCGGCAAUCCGAUGAAGAACCCCAACGGCAGGCAGGAGUGCUUCAACUUCAUCAAGUACAACCCCCACGCCGACAUAAACCACCACAACAGCCUGAUGAACGCGGAGAUGGGCGGGAUGCAGCCGCGGGAGCCGUAUGUCGUCUCGAGGAAACCGUCGCCGGUGAUGAGGGCCACGAAGAACUCCCUGUUGCAGGCCGACAGUGCGAGGGAGCACGUCCACACGUCCAUGCACCGCCAUCGGCACUCGAAUCGCUGGAAGAUGCGGCAGGACGGGGCGGACUCGAGACCCCGGAGACGGCACGAGAGCCGCCUUCUCGUCGAGGCCAGCAAGUAUUGAGCCGCGUGCGAGCUCGCCGAUCAAGACUGCCUCCUCCGUACCCCGUGAGAACCUGAGAUCAGAACUGCCAAAUACGCUGGUGGAUCGCACGGUCGGGAUGUCAGGAGCCCACUUAACGGCGCCUCGUGUGUCGCGACUCGAAGCACCACGUAUUCGUUCGAUCGGUCGGCGAAUCAAGAGCGCGGGCGCGGCUCGCUCCGAGCACAACACACUCAGACACGUACACACAUACACACAUACACAACCACACUCACAAACACACACAUACACACGCCUUAAGCUGCGCCCGUUUAGUUUCCGUUUCCGCUCGCCGGAGCGAAGCAACGUUCCCAACGGCGGAGACGGGUGUUGUCGUCGUCGAGAUUAGCGUCCAAGAUCGGUGGAUGACUCCCGCCGACGAAGCUAUCUCAAUUUCACGCGGUUAAGUUCGAUUUACACUUGCCCCGACUGACCCCUUCAGGCAAGUAUGUACCUCGUAACGUAUAAGAAGAGCGCUUUCUUUCUAAUCGUUGAUUCCUUAAAUCGUGGAUUUAAUUCGCGCGCGCGCGCGCGACGAAUCGCUCGUUAUCUCUCUGUCUCUUUUUUACUCACUCUCUUUCUUUCUUUUCGUACAAGUCUCGUGACGAAGCCAAUUAGUAGAAAAUACCUUUCUUUCUUCAUUUAAGCCGUUAUCGCCCGGUCGAUCGUUUGGCGACGCGUACGAAAGGAAUUCACAUAGCGCGUAGAACCGUAGCGCAACCGAACGGCUGCUGUGCUUCGAGCGCGGUCACCGGCCCGCGAUGGUAGCGCAAGGAGACGCGCGGACGGCGCACGCUGAUGGACAUGUGUUUCCCAAUUUGCCCCGACAGAAAUAAUUCGUCUUUUGGAUUUAUCGCGAAAUACAAAAUUACUAUUAUAAAAAACAUAUAUAUAUUACAAGAGUAUAGCAUAAUUCAUUUAAAUAAUAUUUAUAUAAAAAGUUUAACCAACACACAAUUAGACAUUCGAGAUAAAAUGUCUCAUUUGUUCCUAUGAUGAAAUUUCAAUACGUUAUCAUACAAAUUUGCUCGCGUUCGAACCAGCUUAUGUAAUCGAUUCGAGUCAUUCGAUUCUAUCAAGCUCUUUUCGGGCAACGAGUUACGUACUAUCGUAAUUCCGUCUUGGUGACGUGCAGAAAAUUCACGAUCGUCAAUGUAUACGGAAUUUUCGUUCCUCAGUAAAUCAAAGUGGGAACACUGUCGGCGCUGGUCCAGCGUGGAAAUAUUUGUCACGUCGCGGACGCUCGUACGUCGCCACUCUUACGCUCGCCUGCGCAGUUAGAGCUCACGCCGCGCAAGACUCUCUCGCUCGCUGUGCUAAUUACGCCGCCUAACGUAGCGUGCGUGCGUGCGUGCCUGCCUGCCCGCGUGUAUGAAUAAUGUGUGCGUGCCUCCUGCCUGCGUGCGUACGUGCGUGCUCGCGAUGUACACGCAGGCCUUACCGCCGCCGACGCACAAACUCGCGCGGCGCGAUCGAUUACGAACCGUGCCGAGUCCGACAACCGACCGACAGUUCUUCGGGUCUUUCUUUGAUAAUUCAAGAUAUUCUCGUUUGCGCCGAACGCGACGCUCAAAUAGUAUCGGGAUCGUAUUAUAUUGAAAAUUAAUACGAUGUCGUUGCGUGGCUUUGAAAUAGGAGGAACAAAAUGUUUCAGAUGCGGGACAUUUGAAGGCUUGACAUAAGCAAGGCUGGGAGUGCCAUGUAUUUAAAAAAAAAAAAUUACUUUUGUAUUUAUAGAAGAGAGCUCUCUACGCUAAACGAUGCGGCGGAAGGCUGCACACGUAAUUUUUGAGAGGAUCCUUACGAGACGCCAGACGGAGAUAAAGAGUAUUUUUCCUAUACUUUUUCAAAUGAAUAAAAUGUAGUUUUUCAUUUUUGUACUCUUUCCAAGUGUUCGUCUGUGUUCCUCUAUCUUUCAAAUACAAGAUGACAUCGAUCAAUAUACAAAUUGACGGCAAUAUUUUCUAAACGGUUUCGAUGAUGAAAUUUCUCCUGAGACACCUCUUCUUUCAUGCAUUCGAACGACGGCGAUCGGUUAGAACUGCGUGUCUGCGUACGCGAGGGUACAUUGUACUUGUGUGCGUUCUGCGUGCAUACGUAUUUCGCCUCCGGUAACGCGUGUGACUGCGUGUAAUAUAAUGCAUUAUUGUUAAUGAACUUAAUCCUUAGAACGCUAUCGCAGACUGUAUUAUUAGGUUAGGUACAUGAAUAUAUGACGCGGUGGCGACUCGACGAAGGGGACCAGGGGUUGCCGAGUUCCUCGCUACUUCGCAAAGAACGUCUUGUCCAAUCUUAUUUUACGCUUCUAUUUUCCGAGCUUGAGCGCCGAUCUCUCGCGUCAUUUUAACUUUUCACGAGGCACAAGGAAGGCACCCCGGAAAGGUUCGUUUUCGUAGACUCGCCACGUAAGGAGCGCCUGCCCCCCUUCCUCCCUCUCCCCCUUUCCAAAAAAGAAAGAAAGAAAUCGCUCCCUAGGUAGCUUAUUUAUUGAAAUCACGUUUAGGUACUGCGAAAGAGCCGAAAUGCCCAAGAAACCCUUCGCCCCCCCCCCCCUUGUACGUAUAUGUAUAUGAAGAUAUGCGCUGCUCUCUUUUCAUUGUUUUCAUUACUCAUCAUAUCGCACUCUUCCCAUUUCCUUCCCCCUCACUGUCAGUCACAUUUUUUUAAUUAUCAUUUCGCGCAUUGUGUCAUGUCACAAGUGUUCGAUACGGUGUCACUAAUUAUUAAUUUAUCGGCUUUUAGCUUAUUUAUAUCUUCUUCCUGAAAAGACAUUUUCCACGCGUCACAAAUUCUCCAUAAAGAGAUAGUGAUCGAUUGUUACAUUUACAUUUGAUAUUCCAUCACAUCGCUGUAGUAAGAAGUAUAAUUCAAAUCGUGCACAUUUCCAGAAUUCUAAUUAACGUUUUUUCGAACACUUAAAAUUAAUUUUCUUUACUCCGUGUCCCUUCACUUCGUUUAAAUUAUUAAAAUUCACGCUUUUUUAUACACAAAGUCUGAAAAUACUCAAUACCUGAUUAAUUUAAUUUGCAUACGAGUGGCAGUGCAUAAGAAAGCUUAUUCCUACGGAUGAUGUUUGUAUGUGUGUUAAAAAAAAAAUGUAGGGAGCAAUAUGCACGUAGUAACGCCACGUUUCGUGUGACGAAUCAAAAAUUUAGUUUUGCAUCGCGUUUCAUAUGCAAGUUGGAUAUAUUUUUGAAAUUUUUUUAAAUAUAAUCUAAGAGAAAAUCCCUUCUUGCCCAUUUUUUUAUUACAAAUCACUCUUUAAUUAUAUUACAGUUUGACUUCUUUUGGUGAUUCGUUAUCGGCACGUGGCGAGUGCGAGCUAAGCACGAUAAGAUGUCGCCUGUAAACAGAAAUUAAAUGCCAGCAGAUGACCAUGAGAAAGGCAUAAAAUCCGACGCUUAUAAUUUAAUAACAGAUAACUAAUCUAACGUGUAUAUGUAUUGUAUUGUAAUAUGAGUAUUGUAACUCCGCCUCUAAAAAAAUUAACCAACUCGUUUUGUAUGUGUAAGCUUAGCGUCACGUAGCGAGAAUCACCGCGGCGUUCACGGCGAUGCGGAGAAAAAAAUGACAGAAUAAUUUUUAUGGAGUAUGCGAGUCUCCUCGAAAGCGAGAUGUGUCACUGACUCUGUCGUUCUACGUAUAUGUGUAAAAAAAAAGAAGAAAGGCGCAUACGAUUUCUGACCAGCGUCAUUCUCUCGUGACCUCAUCGAGCUACUCGUAAUCGAGCCAUCUCGGAAUUACUUUCAGGAUCGGAGAAAAUUUCGUCGUUUGUUAUCAUCUAGUUUGUAUAUUUUUAUAUUGGCGAAAACAAAAUUUCGUUAUUUAAGCUCUGUUGGCGUCAAAUGACGUCGCGGUCAUCUUAUCGUCGCCGCGUGACUCGAUUGCGAGCAGACCAUCACCGCCCGUCCCAGCCUUACAUCCCUUUCCCCCUCCUUUUUUUACUUUCUCACCAUUGACGAACUAGAAAACGGCAGAUGAAACGAAUAGAGAACACAAGAGAUGAAUCUGACUACCCCUCUCCCUCCUCUCCUAUAGAUAGAUAGUAUACAUACUAAAUAAAAAAAAGAAAGGUAAAGUAUAAAUAUUAUAUAUAUAAAUAAAAAUAUAUGAAAGAUGUGUAUUGUAAAGAUAUUUAAUACCGACUUGUCUUAGGCACACCCGAUGACGAUCGAUAACAAUGAAACGAUGAUAAUAAUUAUUACGAUGAUUGUUGUAUAACGAACGACGACGAUGAUGAUAUUCUACACUGUAAUUCGCGUUGUAAUAUAGAGGCCCACCCGUUACCCACUAAAUCGAUGUGUCGAUGUACCCCCGGCCGUGCUGUGCUCGUGUGCGCAUUCCGAAGGGAGCGGACCGAGAGGGAGAGAUCGGACUUUGCAGGUGCGUCGCGCUUUGGACGAUGGCCAAUCACAUAGCCGAACUGAGAUUUUUCUACGAGAAGGACCGGGAGCCACUUUCGUAACUGGCCGAUGUUCAACGACCGUCGCACCCGGGACGGGAAAUUAGAUCGGUUUCGAUCGCGCCUUCGCGCUGCGCGACGUUAAUCAUCCCGGCUGUAACGCAAAAGUUAUAUACACACAUACACACACAUACAUAUACACAUACGCACGCACACGCUCGCCCUGUUUACGAUGUGCAGCAGCCUAUUACGAACGAGCAUAGCACGUCCGGCAGCAACUAGCAAUAAUAUAACAUUCCAACUUAAAUCGCAUAUGUACUGCGAAUUCUAAUAAUGUGUGCCGCCAUACGAGAAAGAAAAAACACUGUCAAAUACACGCUCAUACACUGCUA